CUUUCUGCGGGUCCGCGCGCCCGUCUGUCAGUCCGGCCGCGGCGCGGCUGAGGGGAAGGCGGAGGGUCCCGCGCGCGCCAACGGCGCCAUGGCGGAGCGAGGGGCGUCGGUGCUGGGAGGCCCCCGGGGCUCCGCGGCCGGCCCUUCGCUGCUCCAACCGGCGCCUUGCGCCCCGCCCUCGGCUCCGCAGCCCUCGGCGGGGUCCCCGGCGCUGACCGGGACGCCUCAGCUGCUGGCCCCGCCGGCGGUGCCUCCGCCGCUGCCGCAGCCCUCGGCGUCGCCGCCUCCCCCGCAGCCCUCGGCGGGCCUGGGGGCUUCGGCCCCCGGAGGAGGAGGAGGAGGAGGGGCGCCCCCUCCUCAGGCCCCGCCGGGCUCGGCGGCCGGGGGUCGCCCCGUGCAGAUGAACCUCUACGCCACCUGGGAGGUGGACCGGAGCUCGCCCAGCUGCGUGCCCAGGCUAUUCAGUCUGACCUUGAAAAAACUCAUCAUGUUGAAGGAGAUGGAUAAGGACCUCAGUUCGGUCGUGAUCGCUGUCAAGCUGCAGGGUUCAAAGCGCAUCCUGAGGUCCAACGAGAUUGUGUUGCCGGUCAGCGGACUCGUGGAAACGGAACUUCAGCUGACUUUCUCGUUACAGUACCCCCACUUCCUGAAGCGAGACGCCAACAAACUGCAGAUCAUGUUACAGAGAAGGAAGCGGUACAAAAACCGGACUUUCCUAGGCUACAAAACUUUGGCUGUGGGCCUGAUCAACAUGGCCGAGGUCAUGCAGCACCCGAGCGAGGGGGCCCUGAUCUUGGGACUGCACAGCAACGCGAAAGACGUCUCGGUUCCCGUGGCCGAAAUCAAAAUCUACUCCCUGUCCAGCCAGCCCAUCGACCACGAAGGACUCAAGUCCAAAUUAUCAGAUCGCUCCCCUGACAUUGAUAACUACUCCGAGGAGGAAGAAGAGAGCUUCUCGUCCGAGCAAGAAGGGAGCGAUGAUCCCCUGCACGGGCAGGAUUUGUUCUACGAAGACGACGAUCUUAGGAAGGUGAAAAAACCCAGGCGGAAACUCACCUCCACUUCAAUCACUCGGCAGCCAAAUAUUAAGCAGAAGUUUGUGGCUUUACUGAAAAGGUUCAAAGUCUCGGACGAGGUGGGCUUCGGCUUAGAACACGUUUCUCGGGAACAGAUCCGGGAGGUGGAAGAAGACUUGGAUGAGCUUUACGACAGCUUGGAGAUGUACAAUCCCAGCGACAGCGGUCCCGAGAUGGAGGAUACGGAGAGCAUCCUGAGCACACCCAAGCCCAAACUCAAGCCUUUCUUUGAAGGAAUGUCCCAGUCCAGUUCUCAGACAGAAAUCGGAAGCUUGAACAGUAAAGGGAGUCUCGGCAAGGACGCCACCAGCCCGAUCGAAGCCUCCUCCGGGGACAAACUCAAACCAAAUCGGACCAAAAACAUGGAUGAGAACAUCAACGAAACGGAGAUUCUGGAAGGGAACGAGCAGGACACUUAUGGGGAUCUCUCCAACACCUUAAUUAUCCCCGAAAAAGUCAAGACGCCGAUGAAAACGAGCAAAGGGGAGCUUCAAAGCAUGGCCUCGCCCAGCAAAAUGGACGGCACCGUGCACACACCCCGUCAGAAACGCAGCACCCCGCUCAAGGAACGUCAGCUUUCCAAGCCGCUGAGUGAAAGGACCAACAGCUCCGACAGCGAAAGAUCCCCGGAUUUAUGUCACAGUACACAGAUUCCUCGCAAGGUCGUUUACGACCAGUUGAAUCAGAUCCUCGUGUCGGAUGCUGCACUGCCCGAAAAUGUGAUAUUGGUGAACGCCGUGGAUUGGCAAGGCCAGUACGUCGCGGAUCUCCUCCAGGAUCAGAAGAAGCCCGUGGUUUGUACCUGCUCCACGGUUGAAGUGCAAGCCGUCCUCUCUGCCCUCCUCACCCGGAUCCAGAGAUACUGCAAUUGCAAUUCCUCCAUGCCGCGUCCAGUGAAGGUGGUAUCCGUCGGGGGCCAAAGCUACCUGAGUGCCAUCUUGAGGUUUUUCGUGAAGCAGCUGGCCAACAAGACGUCGGACUGGCUCAACCACAUGAGGUUCCUCAUCAUCCCUCUAGGAUCUCACCCGGUCGCGAAAUACAUGGGCUCCGUGGACAGCCGAUACAGCAAUAUGUUUUUAGACACCUCUUGGCGUGACCUCUUCAGCAAACCGGAACCCCCUGCGAUAGAACCCCUGGAUGUGGUGGGCCGGAUCACCCAGUACGUGAACGGAGCCAGCGUCACUCACCAGCUGCCCGUGGCGGAGGCCAUGCUAACCUGCAAACACAAAUUGUACGUUCCGCCGAGACGCCUGAAUCGAUUAAGUAAAGGCGAGCAAAGCCAAGACGAAGAUUCCUACCAGAAGUUCAUCCCUUUUAUUGGGGUGGUCAAGGUGGGGCUCAUUGAAGAUUCACCUGCAGCAGCAGGAGAGGGGGAUGAUUCCCCGGUCAUCAGCCUCACCGUCCCCUCCACCUCUCCACCUUCAACUUCGGGUCUCGCCAAGGACGUCUCUGCCACCCCACCGUCCUCCCCUUCGAUGACCAGCGGCUUGGCUGUGGUGGGGUCUCCGAGCAGCCCUUACAGCGAUGUGAUCGGCCUGCAGGUCGAUUACUGGCUGGCUCAACCCACGGAGAAGAGGAAGGAAGGGGAGAAGAAGGACAGCAGCUCCAAGAACACCCUGAAGAGCGUCUUCCGUUCGGUCCAGGUCUCGCGGCUUCCCAACAGCGGGGAGACCCAGCCCUCGGGGACCAUGGCUAUGACGGUCGUCACCAAGGAGAAGAACAAGAAGGUGCCCACCAUUUUCCUGAGCAAGAAACCCAAAGAGAGAGAAGUCGAUUCCAAGAGCCAAUUGAUCGACGGCAUCAGCCGGCUCAUCUGCUCGGCCAAACAGCAGCAGACGAUGAUGAAAGUUUCCAUCGAUGGAGUGGAAUGGAGCGACAUCAAGUUCUUUCAGCUGGCCGCCCAGUGGCCCACCCAUGUCAAGCACUUCCCCGUGGGACUUUUUGGCACCAAGCCAGCUUGAAAGGGGGACGGCAAGGACGCCUUCCCGCGCCCUCCUGGCUCCGCCGCGGCGUCGCGCCGCCACCUCCAUCCGAACCAUCCGCCAACCGAGAGCUGCGCUGAGCUCACUUCACCCGUGUUGCGUUUCCUGUGUCUCGAUCGGGCUUUGCUGGA